CACACUCCAAGGCUCGCCCGCUUCUGCCUAUAAGGGCCAGGCCGCCCGCACCGCCGUGCCACCGCCGCCAUGGAGGCCAUCAGGAGGAAGAUGCAGGCGCUCAAGCUGGAUAGGGACGGCGCCGUGGAGCGCGCCGAGCAGGCCGAGGCCGCUAGGAAGGCCGCGGAGGGCAGGUGCGGCCAGGUGGAGGAGGAGCUGGCGCACCUGCACCGACAGCUCCAGGGCGCCGAGGACGAGGUGGACCAGCACUUGGAGGACCUAAAGGAGGCGCGGGCGCGGCUGGCGCUAGCGGAGAAGAAGGCGGCGGACGUGAGUAUGCGGCUCGCGGGCUCCAAAUAA